CAGAAGCGCGUACUCUGGCGUUCAGCAUGGGCUCUCCGUGCGUCGGGCUGAUGCUGAUGCUGAUGCUGCUGGUCAGUUCUCCGGGCUCCAGUGGUGUGUGUCCUCGUCAGUGCGCGUGUUCGGGGUCCGCUGAAGUUCACUGCACCUUUCGUGCGCUCGCCACCGUGCCCGCGGGCAUCUCCAAACAAGUACGGCGCAUUAAUUUCGGGUUUAACGCUAUAAAUCACAUCACAGACGUCUCUUUUGGUGGCCUUCGGAAACUGGAGCUACUGAUGAUGCACGGCAACAAUGUGCAGAAAAUAUCAGAUGGUGCUUUUCAGGAUCUUGUUUCGUUGCAGGUCUUAAAAAUGAGCUACAACAAACUGAGAGUCAUUACCGGGCACACCUUCUCUGGUUUGACGGGCCUUAUUAGGCUUCAUCUGGACCACAACCGCAUAGAGUUCAUCCACCCGGAUGCGUUCAGCGGGAUGACGUCGCUUCGUUUGCUCCACCUAGAGGCCAACCUUCUGCAAAAGCUCCAUCAUGCUACUUUCAGCACCUUCUCACUGCUACAGCGUUUCCCCGUGUCCAGCCUGAAGCAUCUGUAUCUCUCGGACAACCUCCUGCGCUCACUACCCCGAAACAUGCUGGAGAACAUGCCUCAGCUGGAGAACCUCUUCUUAUGUGGAAACCCGUGGAGCUGCGACUGCCGGAUGAGCUGGUUACAGGAUUGGAGCGCACGAAAUUCAGGGGUGAUGAAAUGCAAGAAGGACAGAACAUUUGUCAGCGGUCAGCUCUGUCCACUGUGCUCGUUUCCUAAACACCUUAAAGGACACGACAUCUCGGAUCUUAAAGAGUUCAUCUGCUCUGGACCAGCUAUCAGCUCUCCAGGAAAAAACAUCUCACUUGAGGACAACACCAGUGAACUUCUGCCCAUCGACAGGAUCAAACCACCUUUCGGAAAUGUCUCCUUUGGUUUAUCCGACGAGCAUGGGACUAAAGUGGACUUGGUCUGCCAAAUACUUGAACCAAGAGAGGCCACUAAAAUCAGCUGGAAUUACACUAAAUCUCUGCAGAUCGCUGCUAACGUGACUUUAUUCUUUGACGUGGAGUGUCCUGUGGACAGAGACAGCUAUGAAAGCUUUUGGAGGCUUCUUGCUUACUACAGUGAAGUUCCCAUGCAUCUGCGAAGAGAGAUCAUGCUGAGCAGAGAGCCGGAGCUGAGCUACAGAUACAGACAGGACAUUGAAAAGGACUCCUACUUUUACACUGGUGUCCGAGCUAAUGUUUUAACCCAUCCACCUUGGCUCAUGCAGUCUUUCAUGAACAUCAAGUUAAACAGACCUUAUUCCUCCUCCAAAAGUGUGAGACUCAUUCUUAAUACUCAUUUGACAACCACCACAGACAAGGAGCUCGUCAGAUCUUGGGUCAUGAUUGAAGAUGAUAAUAAAACCCAGACGAGCUUCAGUUCUGUUGUCGGUGGUAUGAUUGAAAUGGACUGCCGUGUGCAAAGCUCUGGAAAUGCAGCCGUUCAAUGGAUGAUGCCCGAUGGGUCGAAGAUUAAAGCUGCGUUUAGCUCGACCGACAACAGAGUGAGCGUCUCUAGAAGCGGCAAGCUUCACGUUAAAUCCAUCGAGCACAGAGACUCUGGCGUUUAUUACUGCAUUGCUGAGAUUGCAGGAGAUAUCGAUGUUCUGCCGUUCCGCUUAUCAGUUAUGGAGUCUUCGAGCCCGCUUCCAGGUCAAGAGGUUGGAAAUGCUUUAAGUAAGUUUGUUGGCGAGUCUGCUUCUUUGCCCUGUCUUACUACGGCAACACCAGAUGCGGUGGUGAAUUGGAUAUUUCCAGAUGGCAGUGUACUGAAUGCCAAUGCAAAUACAUCCAAGGCUUUACUAUUUUCCAAUGGGACUUUGUUCCUUCCUCAUAGUCAGCUUAACAACAAUGGAUAUUACAAAUGUGUCGCCAUGAACCAGCAUGGUGUGGAUGUACUGGCUACUAAACUAACUGUCAUGAGACGGAGAGUAAUUCAGCCACUGCGACAGUAUCCCGUUAGACCUCAGUCAGCUGCGGGAGUGUCCACUAAGGUAAAGGCCUUUUUGGAAGAUGUGGAAGAUGCUUCUGGAGAUGGUUCUGAAACUCAAGAGAGAAAAGAACCAAACAGAAGCUUUAUUAAUCGUAGGAGGGGUCCGAAUGCAAGAAUACAAGGCAACUUUCGCCGUAGACGGCCCUUUAGAAAGGGCAUGCAUGGAGAACCAAAAAGAACUGCCGUCACAAAUCAAAGAACUGUUAAUGGUAAGAACAAUAUAGACCCCCUGAAAUGGGCCAAACUUUUGUCCAAAAUCCGUGAGAAAACCUAUCCAAAAAACUCAUCAAAUCACAUUGUCCAACAUGGCACUCCUGAGAAAAGUCUACAGAUGGGGAAUGAAGAUCAUCCAGGAUCGAUUGACAACACCGAGAGUUCUUCUGGUGACUCCGGUCUACAGGAGGAAUCAAACACUUUCAGCACUCCAUACCAAACGGAUGUUUACCACACGCAUGCAAUUACACCUCAUAUUGAGGGACGAAAUUAUAACAUCUACAAAACGGCACCUCCGGAAUUACACACUAGCUCAGACAAAGUGUCUUACAUCUCAAAUCCCACAUCUGGACCUCAUUAUGUUAUGACAGAGGUGAACGUUGCUGAAGGAGGGUAUGUGAGUACCAUAAGUGCAGAGAAUAACUCCGGGUCUGUCAUCAGCCCGAAGUCUGAGACAGAAAAUGAACUUAAUUUAUCCGGAAAGACAGGUGUGCAGUCUCAGAUUGGGGGGUUUGAUUCUGGACAGCUUGACAGCACUUCAUUUUCUACCACAUCAACCGGCAGCAUUAGGCCGACAAGUUCAACACAAUCGAGAACAAAAGAUCACUGGAGCUCCAGGCGAAGAUUUGGAGGGAGAAGACGAAUAAAAUUCAGAAGGCCAUUGUCAAACCUUGCUAGAAGAAGACCUUGGGUAACAUCUACAGCUGCAGGAGUUCAUGUACCAACUGUAACUUUGAAAACAGAUCCCAGAAAGCCAGCUGAAGACACAUUGAUCCAUCCAGCUACUACAACGACUGCUCACAUUUACUCCACAUCUCCAACUGAAAGCACAUUAAUCCAUCCAACUAUCCUAGUAACUGCUAGUAUGUCUGAAUAUCCGAGUACUACCCACAUAUACCUUACAACCCUAUCUGAAGGCACGUCAGUCCAUCCAUUUACUUCUCACUUUUAUCCUACAGUGCAGAGAGAGUUAACAAAUGCCAUUGAGGAAAUUGCAAUCUCCCUCCCGGUUGAGAAAACUGGUCCAGAAAUCCACAAAGUAAAGGCAAGUAAUUUCCUCCAAAUUCAGGAGAUGAAUAGCUCUACAUCUCACCCCAUGAGAACAACAUCAGCGACAGUGUCUGGGGUUUCAGGGCUAGGAAAUAAAGACAUUACUUCUGUAGAGGAGGAAGAGGUUGAAGGCAUUGCAUCCGCUGAGGAGAUGGAUGAGUACAUGGUUCCCAUGAGUGUAGCUCCAACAUCUCGCUAUGGCACUGAAACUGCCCCAAUGACAACUGCUUGGCAGGAGUUCACAAGCACGCUUUCAACAGCGUUACCAAAAGCCAACAAAGAGAUUGAUCCAACAGAGAUCAGCUUUACAUUGGACGCAGACGGGCUGGAAUUUUUGAACAUACCUGAAUCACACUUUAGAGAUGAUCUAAGAGAGAACGAUACAUUGGAAGCAACUAGUACAAAAGAAAAUGUUACUUCCAUAGAAGAAUCUAUUGUCACCUCCAUGCCACAACCCCAAGACUACUCGCUUUCACAACCAAAUCCAAACUUUAAAGAAGAAGAAUCAGUUAACAACAAGGUAUCUUUUUCCUCAACAGCAGAGACUCCUACAGAAUCUGUUGGGACACAAAUAGAGUCUUUAGCCACAAGUUCACAAAUGCCAACUCAUAUUACUCGCAGUAAAACCAAUGUCAUAAACUUCUUACAACCAAACUUGAUUUCUAAUGAAGACCAAAGGGAAAGGUUAGUCAAUAAACUCGAUGAACCUACAACAUCACUGAAUACUUUGCCCACAAUUACGUUUCCAUCAACUACAGUCAUGAUUCCCAUUACAACCCAACUUAUUAGAAUAAUAUCACCGUCUACUACACUGUCGACAACACCCGUAUUAUAUUCUACUACUACUACUACUACUACUACACCUGUUCUAAAGUUAACACCCAGUUAUCUCUUACCGGACAACAGAAUCCCAUUUUACUCAAGAAAUCCUGGAACGAACUACAUAGAUUCCAGGCACAGGGAAAGAAUUCCCAGCACAAAUCACAGGUAUCCGUACUAUCAUAAUAGAAACCCAUCUGUCAAUAUGAGACCCAGUAUUCUCAGAACACUGUCCACAACCACCUCAUCUGUGGAUUUAAACUCUGUCAACAACAUCAAAUCAACUACAGCCCCUAAAAUAUUGACAGCAACUGCUAGAUCAGCCGACUCAAGUCCCACAACUACAUCAAGCACCACACAGCCAAACAACCAAAUUCAGAUUCCUCAAUCAAUAAACAGACAGUCGAGUGCAGUUCUUUCAUCUCAAGGAUCACAAACUCUUCCCGUCCUGCAAAUGAGACCCAGAAUCACUGCUGGCAAACUGCACACAGUCACUGUGAAUGCUGGGACAGAUGUGCAGUUACCAUGUGAUUCUGUGGGGGAGCCGAAGCCCCUCCUGACCUGGACCAAAGUCUCCACAGGAGCUGUCAUGUCAACCAACACCAGAAUCCAGCGGUUUGAAGUCCAGUCCAACGGCACAUUUGUCAUCCACAACGUUCAGCUUCAGGACCGCGGGCAGUACCUGUGCAGCGCUCGCAAUCUACACGGCAUUGAUAAGAUGAUGGUGACCCUGGUGGUGUCGGCCCACGGACCCAAGAUGACCCUUCCACGUCAUCAAGAUGUGACGGUGUUCCUAGGAAACAGUGCACUCUUGGAAUGCCAAGCACAAGGUCUCCCGAUCCCAAACAUUAGCUGGGUGCUUCCAAACCGUUCGGUGGUGCGCGCCGUUAGUAACACCGAACAGAAGAUCAUGCUCUUCGCCAAUGGAUCGCUUCAAGUCAAGCACACCAAUUACCUGGACAAGGGCGUCUACAAAUGCAUAGCGAGCAACGCUGCCGGAGCCGACAUGCUUUCCGUGAGGCUCCAAAUUGCAGCGUUGCCUCCCAAGAUCCAAGAGCAGCGUUGGGAAAACCACACCGUUUCUGACGGCCAGUCAGCGUUCAUUCACUGCACCGCUAAAGGCUCGCCAAGUCCAGCAAUCCGAUGGGUCACGGUUACCGGCACGCAGCUUCGCCCCUCGCAGUUCAUCAACAGCAACUUGUUUGUUUUCCCCAACGGGACGCUGUUUAUUCGCAAUCCUACGGAGAAGGAUUCUGGGAAUUAUGAAUGUGUUGCUGUGAAUUCUGUGGGCGUGGUUAAAAGGAUUGUAAAUCUGCAGGUGAAGAGGAACUCGACUUCUGCCAGGAUCAUGUCCGCUUCCGCACACAACACUGAUGUCCGAUACGGAUCUCGACUGAGUCUCGACUGUUCGGCCACUGGAAGCCCCAAUCCUAGGAUCAUCUGGAGGACACCUUCGAAAAAACUGGUUGAUGCAUAUUACAGCUUUGAUCGCAGAAUGAAAGUGUUCGCCAACGGCACCCUCACCAUCACGUCAGUGACCGAGAACGAUGAGGGCGACUAUCUCUGUGUGGCCAGAAACAAAAUGGGCGACGACUACGUUCUCCUUAAAGUCAACGUGAUGAUGAAAGCCGCUAAAAUCGACCACAAGUCCCUGAGCGACCGCAAGGUGUCGUACGGAGGAGAGCUGAAAGUGGACUGCAUCGCUUCAGGUUUUCCCAAUCCAGAAAUCACGUGGAGUCUUCCCGACGGUACCACGGUGAACACCAUCCCACAGUCCCACGACAACUCGAUCCGCACCAAGAGAUACGUGAUGUUCGACAAUGGCACGUUGUAUUUAAACGAAGUGGGAAUGAAAGAGGAAGGCGACUACACGUGCUACGCCGAGAAUCGGAUUGGGAAAGAUGAAAUGAAGGUUCAUAUCAAGGUCCUGGCGGAUGCUCCGAUCAUUCGAAACAACGCUUACAGUGUAAUCAAAGUUCCUUACGGAGAGACAGGAGUCCUGAACUGUAGCGCCAAAGGAGAACCAAUUCCCAGAAUCACAUGGACGUCUCCGGAUCAACGCGUCAUAGCGCCAGCAUCCGAAAACUACCAGGUCUCCAACGAUGGCACUUUACGCAUUCAGAAAAUCCAAAGGUUUCACACCGGAAAUUAUACUUGCUCAGCCAGGAAUGUUGUGGGAAUGGACAAGAAAGUCGUUUAUGUUGAAGUCCUUGUGUCGCCACCGGUCAUCAACGGAUUCGAGAGUCCCGGGAUCAUCCGUAAAACUGUCGUGAAGGAUCAGCAUGUGCUUUUAGACUGCAAAGCAAACGGGAACCCAGUUCCAAAGAUCAUGUGGGUGUUUCCCAACAACGUCGUGCUUCCCGCGCCGUACUACGGCUCACGGAUCAUGGUCCACCUCAACGGAUCACUGGACAUCCAUGCGGCGCGGAUAAGCGAUUCCUCGACGUUGCUUUGCAUCGCACGCAAUGAAGCCGGAGAAACCAAACUCCAGGUUCAACUUGAGGUGACCGAGGAUGUUGAAAAGCCACGGUUGAGAAGUCUUCCCACAGAGUCCGUCUCGCUUACCGAUGGGAAACCAUUGAGUCUAAACUGUUCAAUAGAAGGAAAACCGACUCCGGAGGUCACAUGGAUCCUCCCUAACGGGACUUCUCUUCUCAAGGGAACCAGCAUUUUCCGUUUCAAUCACCGGUUUGAUGGAACGCUGGUCAUUCGAGAGCCGACGGUUUCUGAGGUUGGCCGAUAUCGGUGCGUUGGGCGAAACAGCGCUGGAUAUGUCGAGCGGACUGUGACGUUACAGUCCGACAGAAAACCAGACAUCAUAAACCAAUACAGCUCACUCGUUAGCAUCAUAAACGGCGAGAAUCUGCAGCUUAACUGUAUGUCCGCCGGUUAUCCGUCGCCUAAACUCACGUGGACUUUACCGAACGGAGUCGUCCUAACAAGGCCGCAAGCGACGGGUCGUUACGCUGUUUUGAACAACGGCACUUUAUCCGUACAAAGGACAUCUGUGUAUGACAGGGGAAUGUACGUCUGCCAGACAAUCAAUGAAUUUGGAUCUUCCAGUCUGUCGGUUUCGGUGAUCGUAAUCGCGUAUCCUCCGCGAAUAACCAGAGGACCCACGCCGGUAACCUACGCCCGCCCCGGUGUAGCGGUUCAGCUAAACUGCAUGCCUCUCGCCACACCGAAAGCCGAGGUGGUUUGGGAAAUGCCUGACGGUCUUCAACUGAAGGUCGGCGUCCAGCCGCGUCUUUACGGAAACAAGUAUCUCCAUCCACAGGGUUCACUGGUCAUACAAAACCCUUCCGGUAAAGACAACGGCGUCUAUAAGUGCACCGCCAAGAACGUUGUGGGAAGCGACAGCCGGUCAACGUACGUCUACGUGUUUUGAUCAAGGGACUGUUUCUCUCUUGAAUUCAACAAGGAAGUGACUUAAACUGCAGUUCAUCAACUGAC